AUGUCGACCUUGUCUCCUAGAUCUGCCGCAAGCAGAUCUGCUACUCCUUCUCCCUUUCAAGAAAACUAUCAGGACCCGUAUCUCUCUGCGCCCUCCGACCCAGAGACGGAAUACUUUAAGAAUGCCGCGAUCAGGUUGACACCAGUGUCCGACGACGUCCACAACAAUGGCCCUUCGGAUUCCUCGCCAUCUUCCCCGCACGCGCAUAAACCUACUGGUGGUCCCUACAGUGGUUGGAGUUCACGCGUCCCUCCAAGCGCAAGCUUACCGGAGUCAAUAGACAUGAUGAGCACUGGCUGGGCUUUCGAGGGGCCCCCUGAUCUGGGACCGUUGCAGAUCAAUGAUCCGGGCGAAAAGAACGCCGGGGCUAUGGAAGGCAAUCUGCCUUUUUCACAGCCAGUGCUGAAACUGCCUCAGAGGCAGAACCCAGUGCCCUUCACGGUAACAACCCCACCUUCUGACGUCCCACAUACACCAUCUUCCAUGGGGGACAUGGGAUUGCAAGUACCACGGCAGGGUUCGCGGCAGGACGACCAUGAUGACACGCAUAGUCCGCAUCACGCCUCGCCCCCAAUAGCAGACCUGGCCGCUGACAACCUAAAUAUACAUCUGGCUUCUUUUCCGGGGAGGACUCGAAGCCCCAGCAUCAAGGUUGAGACUAUCUCUCGUGGUGAUUCUCCCCAAAGGGAUGCUACCCUUACCGACAGACGUCAAAGCCAUUCUUCUGUUUAUCUCUCUCCUGAAGACGCCAACAGCCUAUGCGGCGAAUCUGGGGAUCGUCUCUCGGUGUCCGACGGUUCUAUUUCCCGAGAAACUAACGGGUCUUGGGUUCCCAAUUCCGAAACAGGCCAGGCUGGCGUCGACCCUUCGUCGAGAUCAGAACUAUAUGUGCAAAGCCCGAAGGAACUGGAGGACCAACGUCUCCGAGAAGAGAAAAACUCGGAUAUCGAGGAUUGGUUAAGUGCCAGUGAAAUAGGAGACGAGGUCCGUUCUCGGCGUCACAAGAAUAAACCAGAAUCCAGACCCAGGGCAAAGAGUACCGGAGACCCAUCCCUUCAGGAAGGCUAUUUUGAUCUUAAAUUUUGGGCCGGUGAUGUACAUAUCCCCGGUCCCAACGCUCUUCUCGAUGAGCCCAGUGACGAGGACUAUGAUUCCGAAACGUCAGGAAGUCAUUCCACCUCGCUCUUCAAUGGGCGGGGUCACGAGAAUGUUUCCGUACUGGACUCGCCGAGCCCUAAGGCUGAAGAAGGAUCCCCUCGAUCCGUCAUACCUGAGCAGGAUCUAUAUCCUUUCCCACCUACCCAGCCCCUGCAUUCUAAUGCGGCUAUAAUUCAGUUCGAACGCCUCGCCCAGGAGACCGAUGCUUUGUCCCGCAAAGCAACCUGGGGCACAGACAUCAGAAGCGUUAUCAGUGAGAAGAAUUCCGAUAACAACAGUAAAAAGCCUGACAGACGGGGCAGCAUUCUGAGACGUCUGCGACACGAUUCCGGUUUGAAGCGACAGUUGUCGGCGACCUCUAUAACGCAACCCAAGAGUGAUCCCGUCAACAAUGAUAAUGACAAGAAAAAGCGAGAUAGCAUUUCAUUCCGGCCACAGAGACAUUUUCCUUUCAGUAGAGGACGGUCUCCUAGUCGGAGUCCACGCGGAUCUUUUUCGUUAGCCUUCCCUGGGAAAUAUCAACUUCAGACUUCUGUCCCAAGCCUGCCAGGAAACAGACGUCUCGGAGGAAGCUCCAGCGAAUUACCAUUGCCAGAAACUUCCACCCCUCCGAGUGAACUCAUAAAGCUAAUGAUCAAGCAGGGCGGGCCACCCGUCUCAACUAUUGCCUGGCCCUUGAAAUCCGAACAUAGCCAAGCAGACAUCCCGAGACAAGAUUUCGGUGAUGCGGAUGCAGAUGAUGAGGGAAACCUCGAAGGCACAGACGAGAAGAGACUGGUUAUGGAGUUUCUAAUUCCACCACGUCUUCCGGUUCCAACUCCAGAGGGGUUCAAAGCUCAGAUCUUGGAGUUGAAUCCGCGACUUCUCCCGUGUUUGAUAGAUUGUUUUGCAAAGCAACAGAGCAUUCGAUACAAAACCCUUGUGGAGUUGAAAGCCAAACACGCUCGUAGUGUGACCAGAAGGAACUGUGCCUCUGCCCAGUACUGCAUUAUGCAAGGUGGCAAGGCCACAUUGCUGCCACUUCGGGCAAAUCCACAAGAAUCCGACGCUGCUACAUGCACUCAGUUCAACAUAUGUGGAAACGCUGAAGACGACGGAGACGUGACGACUGUUGGUGAGGGCAUAGUCGCUGCAGCACAGUUUCCCCAGGGCGUGCACCCACCGCCAGUGAAGCGCUUACCGGCGAAAUUCGAGUGUCCGAUCUGUUUCGAGGUGGUGACGUUCCAUAAACCCUCUGACUGGACGAAACACGUCCAUGAAGAUGUGCUGCCGUUCACCUGUACCUUUCCAAAUUGCAACGAACCCAUGUCGUUUAAGCGAAAAGCGGAUUGGGUUCGACACGAGAACGAGCGACACAGGCAAUUGGAGUGGUGGACAUGCACGAUUGCAGAUUGCAGUCAUAAAUGCUACCGGAAGCAUAACUUCGUACAGCAUCUAAUCAAAGAGCACGAUAUGGUCGACCCCAAUGCCAGAAAGGCAAAGAACGGCGGGACAGCUGCAAAAAAUAAAGCCAACCUGAUUACCGCCGAGAUGGUUGAGAAUUGCCGGCAUGAGACAGACAAAAACCCCAGAGAUGAACCUUGUCGAUUCUGCGGCAACCUUUGUCCCAGUUGGAAAAAGCUCAGUUCCCAUCUGGCUAAACACCUGGAACAGAUUGCCUUGCCUAUUCUCGGAUUGGUGGAAGAGCGCACCGUUACUUCCGCUGAACAAUCUGGGCCGCAGUCGACGCCAAAACCAACGCCGAGGCAAACUAUGCAGCAGCCACAGUAUCAUGAUGGGACCGGACCCAAAUCGAGGAUGGUAUCCAACGCCAACCAGACUCAGAACCUAGUUGUUGAUCUCGUGAGGACCAUGGACUCGGGCAUUCCUUCUUCCUACACUUACCCCAACCCACUGCAGGUCCCGAACAAUAUGCAGGCCGUGCAACCCGGGGCAACGCAUGCGCAUGGUCAUAUGUCUCAGUAUGGAUGGGCGAGCCAUGAGGCUCAGGCUGGUGUGCAAGGCUACCUGUUGCAGCCUACGCCCGUGCAUCAGAAUUCAGUCUCGUACCCUCCCCCACGACCACGGUCAUCCGAUCUGGCCGGUCUCAACAUACCAGUUGAAUCAUAUCUGCCCAAUCUUUCUGCAUCUCCCACCGAGAUGAGCUCUAUCUCUGACUUGCAGGGACAACUGCAGACAUCUGCGGCUGAAGGCAAUCAGAUCUAUCAAAACCACAUGGCACAGACGAUGCCGCAGAAUCAGUGUCCGACCAUGGGUUAUUAUUCAGGAGCAGUAAAUGUAACGGGAAAUGGGCAGGAGUUUUAUUCAACGGGGUACAACCAAUAUACCGGGUUUGAUCGACAAUACCCUUGA